GUAGCUAUAUAAGGAGCAACACGUGGCGUUUGCGCUAUCCAGUCCUGAUACCUCUAAAAGACACACGGAUCUCAAGAUGUUGCCAAACGUUCUGUGUGCCGUCCUGCUCAUGACGUCGUUUGCAAAUGCAAACGAAUUAGAUUCCACCACUUUGGAGGGGUUCCAGUCCGCAAUUUAUGGAAAAAUCAUGGCACAUUUAGAUGCCGAGUACCAACUCCUUCAGCCCGCCAUUGCGCAACAAAACCAGAGCAUGGAACAGUGUAGGUGUCUGAUCAGCGCAGCUCAGGAGACGUGUAAAACCUGUGCUAGCGGUCGUUGCCAAGGGGACUUCGGGGACUGGAUCAUGGGUGGCUUUGGUGAGAUGGCUGGUUGGUUUAAGGGUGCUGGCAACAGUUUCGUCGGCUGGCAAGGCUGGCAGGACCUUGGUGGCUUCUUUGGUGAUAUUGGUAAUUGGUUCGGAGGUGCCGGAAAUAGCUUCGUCAACUGGAAGGGCUUUGAUGAUAUGAAGAACUUUUUCGGCGGCAUCGGCAAUGCAUUUUCAAGCGGAUUCAACACUGUUUCAAACACAUUGGGCAACUGGGGCAAUUCUAUUGGCAGUGGACUGAGCAGUUUUGGCAACACUUUGGGCAGUGAAUUAAGCAAUUUUGGAAACUCAUUUAGCAGCGGGUUGUCCAGUAAGUAUUAUGGUUGUAUUAUUAUGUUUUAUUACGUGACGGGUUUGAUAUAGGUCAAAAUACGAAACUAAAUUUUGACUGUUUUU